UAUAGGUUGCGCUCAGUAACCCGGAGACAAUAGUGAGAACCCCCACUGUUGUGCACUAUGUAUUGUCGCAAUAGCUGGUUAUUGUGUGACAUUGUGGCACUUCCAUUGUAGUGUGAGCAGCAUGACGUGUAGUGUGUGGUGAGGCCACUGUCGCGGUGCCCUGCAGACUUGUAGCGCCCGGCUGGUAUUCCUCCGUGCACAUGGAGUCCCAGCUACAGAGCAUCUUCGAGGAGGUGGUGAAGACGGAGGUCAUUGAAGAGGCCUUUGCUGGUAUGUUUAUGGACACACCAGAAGAUGAAAAGACGAAGCUUAUCAGCUGCCUUGGUGCAUUUAGACAGUUCUGGAGUGACCUUCCUCAGGAUUCUCAUGAGCAAUGUGUGCAGUGGAUCAUAAGGUUCAUUCAUGGGCAACACAGUCCAAAACGAAUCUCCUUCCUGUACGACUGCCUGGCUAUGGCUGUAGAAACUGCUGUCCUUCCUCCGAGAAUGGUUUGUGAGGCCUUGGUAAACUCGGAUGCCUUGGAAUGGGAAAGGACACAACUCUGGGUGUUAACAUUUAAACUUGUCCUGAAAAUCAUUGGUGGUGUUGAUUAUAAGGGAGUAAGAGAUCUUUUGAGAGUGAUAGUGGAGAAAAUUCAUACUAUUCCGAACACUGUGAGCUCUGCUGUUGUACAGCAGCUUCUAGCAGCAAGAGAGGUUGUAGCGUACAUUUUAGACAGAAAUGCGUGCCUUCUGCCAGCGUACUUUUCAGUAACCGAAAUCCGUAAACUGUAUCCCGAGGGAAAACUUCCACAUUGGUUGUUGGGGAACUUGGUGUCAGACUUUGUUGACAGUUUUAGGCCCACAGCAAGAAUUAACUCUAUCUGUGGUCGCUGCAGUCUUCUUCCUGUGGUGAAUAAUUCGGGCGCCAUCUGUAACUCUUGGAAGUUGGACCCUUUAACGUUGCGAUUUCCGCUAAAAGGACUUUUGCCUUAUGACAAGGACUUAUUUGAGCCACAGACCGCUCUGUUGAGAUAUGUCCUGGAGCAGCCUUACUCCCGGGAUAUGGUGUGCAACAUGUUAGGUCUGAACAAGCAGACCUUGAACAUUGCUCAGCACAAGCAGAGAUGUCCUGUGCUGGAGGACCAGCUGGUUGAUCUGGUGGUCUAUGCCAUGGAGCGAUCCGAGACGGAAGAGAAGUUUGACGAUGGUGGGACGAGCCAGUUGUUGUGGCAGCAUCUUUCAAGCCAGCUGAUUUUCUUUGUGCUCUUUCAGUUUGCAAGUUUUCCACAUAUGGUCUUGUCUCUUCACCAAAAGCUUGCAGGUCGAGGUCUCAUUAAAGGCAGAGACCAUCUCAUGUGGGUUCUUCUUCAGUUCAUCUCUGGAAGCAUACAGAAGAAUGCUCUGGCUGACUUUUUACCAGUUAUGAAGCUCUUUGACCUCUUGUACCCUGAAAAGGAGUGUAUCCCUGUGCCAGAUAUCACCAAGCCUCAGUCCACACAUUCCUUUGCAAUGACUUGUAUUUGGAUCCACCUUAACAGAAAAGCUCAAAAUGACAACUCCAAGCUACAGAUUCCUAUUCCUCACUCACUAAAAUUACAUCAUGAGUUUUUGCAGCAGAGUUUACGGAAUAAGAGCUUGCAUAUGAACGACUACAAAAUAGCCUUACUGUGCAAUGCCUAUUCCACCAAUUCUGAGUAUUUCACGUUACCCAUGGGAGUGCUUGUGGAAACUAUUUAUGGAAAUGGAAAUGUAAAGAUACCACUACCAGGGACAAAUUGUACAGCAUCUGGUUCAACUACUCCGCUGCCAAUGAACUUGUUGGAUUCACUUACUGUUCAUGCAAAAAUGAGUCUUAUACACAGCAUUGCUACUAGAGUUAUUAAACUGGCUCAUACAAAAUCUAGCCCAGCCCUGGCCCCUGCACUCGUGGAAACCUACAGUCGCUUGUUGGUAUAUAUGGAGAUAGAAUCGCUUGGCAUCAAAGGAUUCAUCAGUCAGCUAUUACCCACUGUGUUCAAGUCUCAUUCAUGGGGAAUCCUUCACACCCUGCUGGAAAUGUUCAGUUACCGAAUGCACCAUAUCCAGCCUCAUUAUCGAGUUCAGCUCCUAAGUCACCUCCAUUCGCUUGCUGGAGUCCCACAGACCAAUCAGAAUCAGCUCCACCUCUGUGUUGAGAGUACAGCUUUAAGAUUGAUCACAGCUCUGGGAAGUUCUGAGGUGCAGCCACAGUUUACUCGUUUCCUGAGCGAUCCCAAAACUGUUUUAUCAGCAGAAUCGGAGGAGCUGAACAGAGCACUGAUUUUAACGCUGGCAAGAGCCACUCACGUCACUGAUUUUUUCACAGGUUCCGAAUCAAUUCAAGGCACUUGGUGCAAGGACAUCCUGCAGACAAUUAUUAGCUUCACACCACAUAACUGGGCCUUGCACACACUCAGCUGCUUUCCUGCUCCAUUACAGGCUUUCUUCAAACAGAACAAUGUGCCUCAAGAAAGUCGUUUCAACCUCAAGAAAAAUGUGGAAGAGGAGUACAGAAAGUGGAAGUCUAUGACCAAUGAAAACGAUAUCAUCUCUCACUUCUCCUUGCAGGGCUCCUCGCCUCUGUUUCUUUGUCUUCUUUGGAAAAUGCUUCUAGAGACCGAUCAAAUCAACCAGAUUGGAUACAGGGUUCUGGAGAGAAUCGGUGCCAGAGCACUUGUUGCCCAUGUCCGCACAUUUGCAGAUUUUCUUGUUUAUGAAUUCUCCACCUCCGCUGGGGGUCAACAGCUCAAUAAGUGUAUUGAGAUGCUCAAUGACAUGGUGUGGAAAUACAACAUUGUCACGCUGGACAGGCUGAUUCUAUGCUUGGCCAUGCGCAGCCAUGAAGGAAAUGAAGCUCAAGUCUGCUACUUUAUAAUUCAGUUGCUUCUUCUGAAGCCUAAUGACUUCAGAAACCGAGUGAGCGACUUUGUUAAGGAGAAUUCCCCAGAGCACUGGCUGCAGAACGAUUGGCAUACCAAACAUAUGAACUACCAUAAGAAAUACCCAGAAAAGCUUUAUUUUGAAGGCUUAGCAGAACAAGUCAAUCCACCUGUGCAGAUCCAACCUCAGUACCUUCCUAUCUACUUUGGAAAUGUGUGCCUUCGUUUCUUGCCAGUAUUCGACAUUGUUAUCCACAGGUUUCUAGAGCUGCUUCCGGUUUCAAAGUCCCUGGAAACCUUGCUUGAUCAUCUUGGAGGCCUGUACAAAUUCCAUGAUCGACCAGUCACCUACUUGUACAACACCCUCCACUACUACGAAAAUCACCUGCGUGAUCGCACUAAUCUUAAACGCAAACUUGUCCACUCCAUCAUUGGUUCUCUAAAGGAUAACCGACCCCAAGGUUGGUGCCUGAGUGAAACGUACCUCAAGUGUGGUAUGAAUGCGCGGGAGGACAACCCUUGGAUCCCUGAUGACACUUAUUACUGCAAGUUGAUUGGCCGAUUGGUUGACACGAUGGCUGGGAAAUCUCCUGGACCAUUUCCAAACUGUGACUGGAGAUUCAAUGAGUUCCCCAACCCAGCUGCCCAUGCACUUCAUGUGACUUGUGUCGAGCUGAUGGCUUUGGCUGUUCCAGGGAAGGAUGUUGGCAACGCUCUUCUUAAUGUGGUGUUGAAGAGUCAGCCACUUGUACCAAGAGAAAAUAUCACAGCUUGGAUGAAUGCGAUUGGACUCAUUAUUACAGCUUUACCAGAGCCUUAUUGGAUAGUUCUCCACGACAGAAUUAUUAGUGUACUCAGCAGUCCAAGUCUGACAUCGGAGACUGACUGGGUCGAUUACCCAUUUCAGCUUUUUGACUUUACAGCGUGUCACAAGGCUUACUCAGAGAUGAACUGCAGUUACACACUGGCUCUGGCACAUGCUGUGUGGCAUCAUUCAAGCAUUGGGCAGCUAUCUCUCAUUCCCAAGUUCCUCUCUGAAGGUCUCAUACCAAUAGUGAAAACAGAGUACCAAUUACUGUAUGUUUACCACUUGGUAGGACCAUUUCUGCAGCGCUUUCAACAAGAAAGGACUAGGUGCAUGAUAGAGAUUGGUGUGGCAUUCUAUGAAAUGCUAUUGAAUGUGGAUCAAAGCAGUAUACACCUGAAUUUCAUGGACCCCAUAUGUGACUUCCUUUAUCACAUGAAAUACAUGUUCACUGGAGACAGCAUAAAAGACCAGGUUGAAAAGAUCAUCUUCAGCCUGCGACCAGCUUUAAAGUUACGGCUGCGCUUUAUCACUCACAUCAGCAAGCAGGAGCCAGCCACGGCACCUCCUCCACCGAUUAAUAGUGGAUCUCCAGCGCCUCAGGCUAACCAGGUCUCUGUAAAUGUUACUUUGCCUGUGGCACAAUAAAAGCCAUCGUUGGACAGUCACUUCUGGUUUUCCACAAACACUGUGAGGGAUCUCUAAAUGGUUUCAUGCCAUUUGAACAAACCAGUUUCUGGACCGAUAUUAUUUUUGUAAAUUUUGAACUUCUAGCCAGUCGUUUUAAUUUUCUUGUCUUUACCUUUUGAGAAAUCAGACCGAAAUUCUUUUUUUUUUUUUUUUUAACACACAAAAGAGCUGCAAUUUGUUUUGUGAACCAGAAGACACAAAUGCAUAUCCAUACGGAGCGUAACCUGAAAGCUGCCCUGUAAUGGCUACAUUAGACUGACAUUGUAUGUAACCAAUGCUAAAGGACUGAUCCUUGACUCCCACGACUGUCACUACAACUUUCCCAAGUACGAAGGUUGAUUGUGAGCCUACAGUCAUUCUUACUGGCACAGCAGUUUAGUAGCAGGAGGAUAUGUAGCGAUCCGGACGCUGGCUUCCCUGUUCCCUGCUUUCGUGUACCAACCUUUUUAAGUGUCAGAAUUGCUCCGGUUGGCAGCAUAAGCACUGAUGGUUUUCAGGGCUGCUCAUGGAAAUUCAAGGUCCCUGUGGCCCAACCCAUUGAAAAAUCAUGAAUUCUUUAAAUAAAAAGGAUGUUGCCGACGUUGACCUGAUUCUUCCCAUUGUGAGUUCACUAAACUUGAUCAUAUACGGUAUCACAAUAUGGGUUCUGUGGGCUUAGUUUACUAGUCCCGUGGGAAGAUGUAGUGGGAGUUGUUGGGAGUGGUCAUAAAAUAUCUGUAUCACAUCCACAUGAAACUAGGCUUAUAUCAUUGUGUUUGAGCCUCGUUAUUUUUGGAUAUCUAGUUUUUGAGCACAUGCCUGACCAUCUGAUGUUGGACAAGAACUAUUCUAAUGAUGGUUUGGGGAUGAUCAGCCAUGAGGCUGUGCGCUAUCUUUUAAAAAGUUACAAAUGCUUUCAGGCAUAUUUAAUUAUUUGUAUGUUUGAGGGACUUAAAAUGUGUAAUUAUUUUUAUAAUAAAAAAAUGAAACCCCU